UUAAUUGCUUAGCUUGUACGAUUUAUUAAGAAAUGAUGUUUUUGUCAUUUGAUCUCCCUCUUUUCCCUCUUAUUUUAACGCUAAUUGUGCUACUGCUAUUCAUUCCUUAUAAAAUGUUUUCAUCUGCUUCGAAGACUCACAAAAACCAACCACCAUCCCCAAGAAAGCUUCCAAUCAUUGGAAACCUUCAUCAGCUAGGCUCGAACCCCCAUCGUUCUCUUCAGGCCUUAACCCAAGCACAUGGUCCGCUUGUGCUCAUUCAACUUGGCAGUGUACCCGUGCUUGUAGCCUCAACAGCUGAAGCAGCCCGGGAAAUCUUAAAAACCCAUGAUGUAAUCUUCGCCAACAGACCCAAAUUAAGUAUUCCUGACACGCUUACUUAUGGAUCUAAGAACAUAGCAUUUUCUCAAUAUGGAGAGUAUUGGAGGCAGGUGAGGAGCAUUGCAGUGCUUGCGCUUCUAAGCAGUAGAAGAGUUCAGUCAUUUAAACGAGUGAGAGAAGAGGAGACUCGUCUUUUGAUUGACAAAAUUGGAGAAAAUUGCGGUUCUUUAGUUGAUUUAGGCGAUUUGCUAAAUUCGCUUACAAACAAUAUAGUUUGUAGGGUGGCUCUGGGGAGGACAUAUCAUGGGAUGAAGUUCAAUGACUUGUUGUCAAGGUUUGCGUAUCUGCUUGGUGCCUUUUCCGUUGGAAAUUAUAUUGGAUGGUUGUCGUGGGUGGAUCGACUGAGUGGUCUAGAGGCAAGAACCAAAAAAGUCGCUGAAGAAUUUGAUGAGUUUCUCGAGAGUGUUCUUGAAGAACAUAUAAAUAAGAAAAGAGCAGUGGAAGGCGAUAUAGGUGGUGAAAACUAUGAAAACCAGGAUUACGUUGAUAUCUUACUCGAUGCUCAAAGAGAAAAUACUACCAACUUUAUCCUUGACAGAGAUAUCAUUAAAGCAACUAUCAUUGACGUAUUUGCUGCUGGAACUGAUACUACAUUCGCAGCCAUAGAGUGGGCAAUCAGCGAGCUAAUAAGACAUCCGAAAGUAAUGAAAAAGUUGCAGAAAGAGGUCAGUGAAAUAGCACAAGGAAAAUCUAUGAUCACCGAGGAAGAUUUGGAAAAAAUGAAUUACUUACAUGCUGUCCUCAAGGAGACUCUCCGGUUGCAUACUCCACUUCCGCUACUCAUUUCUAGAAAAUCAACAGAAUAUGUGAAUUUAAUGGGGUAUGACAUUCCAGCAGGUACUCAAGUGAUUAUUAAUGCUUGGGCAAUAGGAAGAGAUCCUUCACUCUGGGAGGAUGCUGAGCAGUUUAAGCCAGAGAGGUUUCUGAAUAGUUGUAUUGACUUUAAAGGGGUGCACUUUGAGUUCCUUCCAUUUGGUGCUGGAAGAAGAGGGUGUCCUGGUAUUCAGUUUGCAAUAGUUAUUAACGAGCUUGUUUUGGCAAAUCUUGUGUACAAAUAUGAUUUGGCAUUGCCAGAUGAUGUGAGAGGGGAGGAACUCGACAUGAGUGAGUACACAGGCCUUACACUCCAUAGAAAGUUCCCUUUACUCGUUGUGCCCAAUCCUCACUUCUAGUAGUUGCCAAAUGUAAUCAGGGGCAAAUCUAGGAUUUGAACUCACCACCGGUGUCCAAUUUAAAUUAGAUGAUAAUAUAACUAGAUCGAUUUUUAUUUGGGUGGGAUCGCAAUAAUAUCAUCUAAAUGUAACUAUAAUAUUAAUUUUAGGGGCAAUUGUCAUAAAAGCCCUUAAGAUUAUCCAUAUAACCUUUGUGGUCAAGUCAUGUAGUCAUUUUGUGAACAAAUAAGACAUGAUUAUCCAUAUAUUUUGUGCU